UUUCUGAACACCGACCAAACUCGGAUUGUGAUUUCUUCGUUGAAAAUAGAUAAUUCUCGAAAUACGUUAACAUUAUACUUAUAACGAACUCCAAAGUGUAGUGGGUUACCAAUUAAACAGUUUUGUGUGCAAAUUAAUAAAAAAUGUCUCACACAAUUUUAUUGGUACAACCGGGACCAAGGCCUGAGACAAGGACAUACUCGGACUACGAAAGCGUCAACGAUUGUAUGGAAGGUGUCUGUAAGAUCUAUGAAGAACAUUUGAAGAGAAGAAAUCCCAAUACGCCGACUAUAACAUACGAUAUUUCUCAGUUGUUUGAUUUCGUUGACCAGCUCGCAGAUCUCAGCUGUCUGGUUUACCAGAAAUCAACGAAUACAUACGCACCCUACAACAAGGAUUGGAUAAAGGAAAAGAUAUAUGUACUUCUACGUCAAGCGGCCGGUCAGAGCGACUGAAUCUUAACAUCGUAAUUAUACAUUUGGUAUCGUACUAAUUCUUGUAAAUAAAAACCUUUUAAAUAAUUGUGCACAUUGAAUAACGAAUUUUUUUAAUUACCUUAAUCUUAAAACAUUUAUUUGAUGUAUUUUUUAAUACAUUAAAUACGUCCGAGAAGUGAUAGGAGUUGACAUUAAAAUGUACCGUCUGGAAUAGCAAUAAAUUUGUAAGAAUUAAAGUUAAAUAUAGAUGUACACUUCGUUGACUUAUAUCUGUCUUGUUGUUUUUGUUGUGUAUUGGUUUGUGGUUCAUCAAUAAAGGAAAUAUUUAUAAAUGGCUGGAAAUUAUAAUAGUAUGGUCGGCAAAACAUGUAAAUGCUUGUUGUAUGCGUUAUAAAAAUUUGUGCAAGAAUAAAUAAAAGUUAAUUAUAACAUAUAGAAAAAAAGUGGAUUACACUUAUACACUUUUUUUCUGGAUUUCUUUUCUUAUUAUGUUUUUAGAAAUUCUGUCGAGUCGCACACACGGAAGUCUCCUCUCGCAUCACAAAUAAUGUUAUCUUUUUCUAACCGUAACCGGGUUUAACAGAUGCGUGUGCCUGCGAGCUCGAUCAACAUUUAUAAAUUUUUUUUUUUUGACUAUGACUGACAUUUAAAGUGACUAUGCUUGUUUUUUUCUUUAUUGAUGGCACGGGUCGUUUCCCGCCUAAAUUUCGUCAGCUAACAGAAAUACAGAUACAUAAUAAAUAGUCAUGCUUCAAUUAUAUCAUUGAUGUGCUUAGUUUUUCACUUAUUUUGACGAUAAAAUUUCAAUAUACAUUAUUAUAAUUUGUACAAAUUAUAAAAUAUCAACCAAACUAAUUAAUUAAAUACUUAAAGGGUAUUUUAUUUAGUUAAGGGUGGGAUGAGCGUGUUCGUGUGUUUAUAUAAAUUCCUUAGAAGCAUUGAAUGUUUAAUGUAGAUUGGGUGGGUAAGUUGGGUUAGGUUAGCGCUCAACGCGGCUAGAGCAGCUUGAUUGAUAGACAACUAACAAUUGUUAUGCGUAUUUCUUCAUCAUACGUGACAUUGGUGAAAUAAUAUAUUAUAUAUAUAUAAAUAAAAGUGAAUAAAUGUUUGUCCUCUACGCGUUUCUAAACACGUGAUCCGAUUGUUAUGAAAUUUUGGUGAGUUGUUCUACGUACGCCGGAAAAGGUUCUUAGUCAAAAAAAAAAACUUUUCUUUAUAUGUUUCUCCUUAUUUAUAAAUUUUCUAUGUAGUCUCAUUUUACCCGCGUGGAACCGGGACGGGCAAGCUUGUAUUUAAAAAUAUCUCUUUUACCAUUUGUACAAAUUAUAAUUAUAUAAAUACUAUAUAAAUAAAAGUUUAUAAACACAUGCGUUUAUAUUCUAUUAUGUAUAAAUGUCUAAAGUAAUUAAGGGGUUGUGUGUUUUAAUAUUUUUUGUAUACUCAAUGUUUUUCUCCCUAAACGUGAGAGCUUGUAACGUUUCUCAAAAACAAUGAUUCCGUAACACGUUAUAUUAUUUAACGUAUUAUCACCUAAUUGAUAAACCGUUGUGGUUUUGUUUUUUAGUAAUUAAAUAAGGAUGCUAACCUAUAGCGUUGUAGUGAUAUUUUUAACACAUGUGCGUGUGUGCGUGGCCUCGCUUUGUAUUUAAUAACUUUGUUAUAGUAUUUAAAAUAUUUUACUAAUAAUUUUUCGUCAUUAACGUUUCACUCAAACGUUGCGCUCGAAUAUGUCCUUGAUAUUGUACUCGCACAGAUUGAAAAGAGUAAUUAUUAUUAUAAAAGUCUUAUCUCAGUAUUUAAGUGGGACAUUGUAAAUAGAAAUUGAACACCGGCCAUCAAUGAGAAACGUAAACAGGCAAUUUCUAUGUGUCUUCGGUUAUUUGACAUUCGAAAGACGAAGACAAAACGUCGUAAUACGUUUAGAAUUGUCGAUUCCAAUGGUAGGAGCGCUAAAUAUAAGCCCUUGAAAUGUCGUGACGUCAUUGGUCGUUUGUUAUCUGCGAUAUUCAUUAUGCGAAAACUUUAUAAAGACUAUUGUUAUACUCGUUUUCAUUAUUUAAUAGAUUCCGUAAUCAUCGCAUCCCAUGAGCUAUUUGCCAUAUAAUCUGUGCCCCGUUUGUUAGUACAAACGUAAGACAUUGUGCUAAGAAAUAAUUGUUUCAUUAUGGAUUCUUGGAUAAUUGCGUCUUAAAUGUCGGCGAUUUUUUUUAUCAGAACUUUGAAAGUAAAAAGUUUAUAUAAGUAGUUUAAUGGCGCAGUGUUGUAUUCAAGAACAGUCUGUAGUGUAUAAAAGUAGAUUUAUUAAAGUAACAGCCUGUGAAUGUCCCACUGCUGGGCUAAAGGCCUCCUCUCCUCUUUUUGAGGAGAAGGUUUGGAGCUUAUUCCACCACGCUGCUCCAAUGCGGGUUGGUGGAAUACACAUGUGGCAGAAUUUCAGUGAAAUUAGACACAUGCAGGUUUCCUCACGAUGUUUUCCUUCACCAUAAAGCACGAGAUGAAUUAUAAUCGCAAAUUAAGCACAUGAAAAUUCAGUGGUGCUUGCCCGGGUUCGAACCCACGAUCGUCGGUUAGGAUUCACGCGUUCUUACCACUAGGCCAUCUCGGCUCGGCAGAGUUAUUAGCAAAUCGUAUUUAAUAUGUGAAUAUAAGGUCCAAUCCUUUUUCCAAUGGAAUCUAUUGUAGUUUUUUUUAUAGAAUAGGUAGGCGGACGAGCGAUUGUAAGUGGUCGCCACUGCCCAUAGACAUUGACAUUGAAAGAAACGUUAACCAUCGACAAUGCGCUGCCAACCUUGGGAACUAAGAUGUUAUGUCCCUUGUGCCUGUAAUUACACUGGCUCACUCACCCUUAAAAUCGGAACACAACUAUAACAAGUACUGCUGUUUUGCGGUAGAAUAUCUGAUGAGUGGGUGGUACCUACCCAGACGAGCUUGCACAAAGCCCUAAAAACAGUAAAGCCUUACCAGUAGUUUGCUAAGAUCCAUCCCAUUAACCAUCUUACUAUGUUUAAAUAUAUAUAUAUAUAUAUAUAUAUAUAUAUAUGUAUAGUGAAUGCGCCAUUAUCAACAGCCACGCACACGCUUUGCACAAAAAGUGCACACACAUGCUCUCUCUCAUCUUGGUUAGCGAUUCUGCGGUUCAGAUAAAUAUUGUAAGCAACCUUUAUUUUAUAAAUAAAGCGUAUACUAAAAUUUUGUUUACAGCUACUUAAUGUAGCAUUUUUAUUUUAUUUAAGUUCAGUAACAUAAGUGUGAAUUCGUUAAGUAAAAUUCAGUUUGUUAAUUUAAGUUGUAAGUUAUGAUUAAAAAUUCUUGUGAAUA